UCUCUUUCUUCACUGUGGAAUUUUGUAUUGUUGCCGACUUGUCAAUGUUUAUCUAAGCAGAGUAAGAUAUUCGUGUUAAGGAACUCCUCGUCGUCGUCGUCGUCAUACAUCGUCAAUCCAUCAAACAAUACUCCGUAUAAAAUAAAAGACCCAUACGAUUCCCUCUCUCUCUCCGAUCCCAAAAUAAUAAAUACUGUACUAGCUUUAAUCCUAUUUGUUUCCUCAAAACUCACAACCAGCGAAGAGAGAGAGAGAUAGAGAAAGCAGAAAGUGCUUUGAUUCAUGGCGUCGAUGAGCUUCUUGAGUAAUCAGAUCACGGGUAAAAACUCAUCAUGGGUCGAGUUUGGGACAAGUCGUAGUGGGCGGGUGGGAAUUGAGCGAUGUGGCGCAGCGAGAGUCGGGCGGUUGAGGGUCUUUGCUUCGGAGGCUCGGACACAGCCCGAUCUCAGCGUCACCGUUAACGGGCUCAAGAUGCCCAACCCGUUUGUCAUCGCGUCGGGUCCUCCCGGGACUAAUUACACUGUCAUGAAGAAAGCUUUCGAUGAAGGUUGGGGCGCUGUCAUCUCCAAAACAGUAUCAUUGGAUGCUGCAAAAGUUGUAAAUGUUACCCCUCGAUAUGCUAGGCUACGAGCAGGAGCAAAUGGUUCAGCAAAAGGACAAAUUAUUGGUUGGGAGAAUAUUGAACUCAUAAGUGAUAGGCCUCUUGAAACCAUGUUAAAGGAAUUCAAGCAAUUGAAAGAAGAGUAUCCUGAUAGGAUACUUAUUGCUUCUAUCAUGGAGGAGUAUGACAAAGCCGCAUGGGAGGAACUUAUUGACCGAGUUGAGCAAACUGGAGUUGAUGCUAUUGAAAUCAAUUUCUCAUGUCCUCAUGGUAUGCCUGAGCGUAAGAUGGGUGCUGCAGUUGGGCAAGAUUGUGCUCUUUUGGAGGAAGUUUGUGGAUGGAUUAAUGCGAAGGCCACUGUUCCAGUUUGGGCAAAAAUGACUCCAAAUAUUACAGACAUUACGCAGCCAGCUAAGGUGGCUCUAAGUUCCGGAUGCGAGGGAAUAUCCGCAAUAAACACAAUAAUGAGUGUUAUGGGAAUCAAUCUCAGUACCUUGCAUCCAGAGCCUUGUGUGGAGGGAUACUCAACUCCUGGGGGCUAUUCUGCCAAGGCAGUCCAUCCUAUUGCACUUGCAAAGGUGAUGAAUAUUGCACAGAUGAUGAAAGCAGAAUAUGGAGGUAAGGAUUAUUCACUCUCUGGCAUUGGAGGUGUCGAGACAGGUGGUGAUGCUGCUGAAUUUAUACUUCUUGGAUCGAAUACUGUUCAGGUCUGCACUGGUGUUAUGAUGCAUGGAUAUGGCAUUGUUAAGAAACUUUGCUCCGAGCUGCAGGAUUUCAUGACGAUGCACAAUUUUUCUUCUAUAGAAGAUUUCAGAGGGGUAUCUCUUCAGUAUUUUACAACCCACACGGAUUUGGUCCGAAGGCAACAAGCAGCGAUUCAACAAAGGAAAGCUAUCAGGAAAGGUUUGCAGUCUGACAAAGACUGGACAGGAGAUGGUUUUGUGCAUGAAACUGAGAGUAUGGUUUCCAAUUGACUUGAUAAUUAUACUGCAAAUUGCACUGUCGCUGAAAAAAUGACAUAAACAAGCCUUCUCUGUUGUGCAAUCUGAAAUAAAUUCUAGUUAACCACUCUGUAUGUGGGAUUGAGUGAAAAGAGACUUGUUUCUCCUUGAAAUGUUGUAAAUCCAUAUGGAAAUCGAUUGGUUUAUUGAAGAAUGUUUCUCAUAUUUCUCUA